CCUGCUCUCCUCUCCGUUGCCAUGUCCCUCAGCGGCUGCUCCAGGAACCUCCCCGGCUCCCACAGGGGCCCCCUGCGCACCCCCGGCUCCUCCUGUGGCUCCCACCCCAGCAACCUGGUCUGCAGCCCAGCCCCCUGCACCCCCAGCCCCUGCCCGCAGGGCCCCUCUCUCCACCGGGGCCGCCAGGAGACCUGCUGGGAGCCCCCCAGCUGUGGCCCCAGGACCUCCUCGCUCUGCAGUCCCUGUGGGCCAACCCGCCUGGGGUCCCUGGGCUGUGGGUCCCCUGGCGUCAGGCCUCUGGGUCACGGGGUCUGUGGGCUCCCUUCCCAGAGCUAUGGGUCCGGGUUCUGCCGCCCCACCUGCUCGCCUUCGAGGGUCACCCAGGCUUGUUGCUACCGACCAGCCUGGGGCUCCAGCCGCCGCUGAGCGUCGCACUGAGUCCCUCCCGGGC